AUGAGGAUCUUUCAGGCUGGCCCUCUCGCCAUUGCUCUCUCUGUCUUUACAGGAGCUGCCUCUGCUUCUGUUUUCCAGAACCACACCUAUGAUUAUAUUGUGGUCGGCGGUGGCCCUUCCGGUAUCAUCAGCGCCGAGAAGUUCGCCCAGGCAGGAAAGAAAGUUCUGCUCCUUGAGCGAGGUGUCGGACCAACUGUGGCCACCGGUAACAAUGAGACCCUCACUUGGGACCACUCAUUGACUCCCAUCGAUCUUCCGGGACUGUCGGCCGACAUCGGGGCGCUCGAUGUCUGGAACCAGUAUAUGUGCACCGACACUGCUGGCAAUGCUGCCUGUGUGCUCGGUGGUGGCGUAACGGUCAACUAUAUGGUCUUCGUUCACCCGCCAGCCCGUGACUUCGACGACAAAUGGCCCAAGGGCUGGAAGUGGAAGGAUGUCGAGUCGGCUGCAGACCGACUCUACAAGCGCAACCCCGGAACCACCCUGCCCUCUGCCGACGGCAAGCGAUAUGACCAGGGUCUCUAUGCUGUGCUGUCCAAGUUCCUCGGUGGCCUUGGCUGGAAGUCGGUGGAUAUGAUCACCGAGCCAAAUGAGAAGCACCAGAUCUACAGCUACCCGUCCUGGAACGUGCAGAACCAGAUGCGUGCUGGCCCUGUUCGCACCUAUCUCCCCGAUGCUACCAAGCUAGACAACUUCCACCUUGCUCUCCGAACCAAAGCGAUUCGCCUGGUCCGUUCCGGUAGCCAGGUCACUGGCGUCGAGAUUCAGACUCCCUCGGGCCGCUCCGAGAUUAUCACUGUUGCUCCCCACGGUCGUGUGGUGCUGGCAGCCGGCGCUCUAUCUACUCCGCGCCUGUUGUGGAACUCUGGUAUUGGUGGCAAGGCCCAGAUCGAGACUGCGAAGAAGAGCGGUGUUGCCGUUCCUCCCAAGCGUCAGUGGAUUGAUCUGCCUGUCGGUGUCGGUCUCAAGGACCACCCCAUUUUCCCGAUCGUUUUCAACACCAACGCCUCAUUUGGUCUUGUUGACUACGACGGGGUCCUGAAUGGAACCGACGCUCGCGAUAUCUCCCUCUACCGCAAGCACAGCGGUGUUCUGACCCAGGGUAAGCACCGCAUGAUCUUCUUCACCUCAGAGGAGAUUGAUGGCCACACUCAGUACUACCAGGGCUCGUGCGCGCCUACUGAUGAGGGCGUGGUGACCGUAACCACGUACAUGACCCACGGCCUCACCUCGUCCGGUGUCCUGGGGCUUGAUGCUAGCGGAAAGACUGUCAUUGAGAAGUCGCCUUACCUCCAGACCGCUGCUGACCGGAAGGCCGCCCGCACUUUUAUUCAGAAGAUGGUCAAUGACAUCACCGCCCCGUCCACCGGGUUCGAGCUUGAGACCUACCCCAAUGUCUCGGCCAUCUUGAAGGCCCAAACCCCUGGUACGCACUACACCAGCACUGCGAAGAUGGGUACCGAUGAUGGCCGUAAGAACGGCACUUCCGUUGUCGAUACCAAUACCAAGGUUUACGGAGUGGAUAACCUGUACAUCGUUGAUGCCAGUAUCCAUCCCGAUCUCCCGACCGGUAACAUUCAAACUGCCGUCAUGGUCGUUGCUGAAGCCGCUGCCGCUAAGAUUUUGUCCAACUAA